CCUCUAAAAUGAGUCUCUCUGGGGAGAGAGAGGAGGGGACCACUGCCUCUAAAAUGAGUCUCUCUGGGGAGAGCGAGAAGAGAAUCACUGCCUCUAAGAGGAAGUAUUCUGAAACAGAGGAGGGGGCCACUGCCUCUAAAAAGAGUCUGCCUCAAGACACCAGUUCUAAGAGCAGAGACCAUGGUGGAGAGUGUUGUAUCAAGUCUGGACCUGAGAACACCAGAGACCAUGGUGGAGAGUGCUGUAUCAAGCCUGGACCUGAGAAAUGGAUUCCUCAGAGCUGUAAGACUUGUGACCAUGUUGAGGACUCCACACACUGGCUUCAGAUUGAACCCUUGACUUCCACUGUCCAGGGAGUGACAAUGUUCAGGCACAGGACACCCAAAGGGCGUUAUGAGUGCACAGUGUCUGGGCUCCGCUGGGUGUGUGACAGAGAUGUCAUUCUGAAGUAUCACUUCAGGAACUGGGAACCCUACAGUCAACUUCUGAAAGACAUGCAGUACGGACAAGGUGGUCCAUUGCUGGACAUCACUAUGGAGUUAGGUGAACUGGAGGAAGUUCAUCUGCCACACUUUGUCUGUUUAGGGACCAACCCUUCCCUGAGGAAUGAGAUGAAGAUUCUUCAUGUAGAGGAACAUGGAGUGUCUGUUGAGGAAGUGCAUGAGGUCACCAGAUUCCAUGCUAAGAUUCUCCAUCCCAAGUUCUCAGCUAUCGCUGUUAUACUGAGCUAUAUCUUUUUUUGGAACGUAGAUGUCCACUGUGACGUGGUCCUCUAUAUGGCAGUAAAAAAGGCAACAGUAAUUUCACGGCUGUACAUGCUCCUCAGAAACUCCAGUCAGAAAGAGGCUGUUCGGGACCGGGAGAAACAUCAGGUGUCCCAAGGAUAUUCAGAAUUGGUCCUGUCAAGUCCAAACGGGUCCUUAAAGCUGAACAGUUGGUUUGCAGUCAAGAAUCCCCAUUCCUCCUCCAUCAAUCCAGAGAAGAUUCAGCUAUUACCUGCAGACACCACACCAAGCUGUUGUAAGAUGGUUAUGAGAAACACAGGGGUUGACAUUGAGAUGGAGUUAAUCGGGGAUGAUGAGAGGACAGUAUGGAAAUCAGUGGUAUCAAAAGAUGAAUACAGCAAAGACUCUCAUCCAAUAGCAUUAACAGUACCUGACAUUCCUGCUGAGGAGUUUCUGAAGAAACACUGGGCUAAACUAAUUCAGCGAACCAAAAACUCAAUGCCAAUAGCAGAUGAUCUGUGGUCAAAGAACAUGAUUGGUGAAGAAGAGCACUCCAGAAUAACAGCUGAAACAACUGAACAGGACCGAAUGAGAAAACUACUGAAAGCAGUCAUCCCCAAAGGACCAGAAGUGACGGGAGCUUGUCUCAAAGCUCUCGUUGAACAUGAAAACCAUCUUGUUAAGGACUUGAGUGAAUCUAGAACCUAAUCUGAAGACGCUGAGGCCUGUCUGUGGACUAAG